AUGUCGUCUAUUCUUUCCUUUGUUGGAUGGGCGGUGCUUCCCAACUAUGUCACCUCCCUAGUCCAAAGCGUAUACUACGGACUUACCAUUCGCGCGGGAGAUCCUCGCCCUCAACCCCCCUCCCCGCGCUACGCGCGCCAUCGCCGUCGCAUCUUCGUCCUAGUCGUGACCGGCUACCUCCUCUACACUCUCUAUGAGGCGUUCCACCGCAUCCAAGUCGCCGGCGACUUCUACAAAGCCCUAGGCGUGUCUCCCCUCGCCGACGACCGUACAAUCAAGUCGCGGUUCCGCCGACUCGCCGCACAGCAUCACCCGGACAAGAUCACCCAAGGCGAGGGCCUCCCCGCCGAUAACUACUUCGUGUACUUGAAGUUGGCUCAGGAUACGCUCUUGGAUCCUGCCAAGCGGUUUGCGUAUGACCGGUUCGGUCCUGAUAUUCUGGGCUGGGGCGAUCGCAACAAAACGAUGCAGGACUUUCUGAUGACGGGGUUGCAGCGGUCUUUGUUGCCGUAUGUCGGCGGGUUCGUCACGAUAAUCUUUUUGAAUUUCACCUGGUGGGCUAGUUGGGGUCGUUAUUGGCGCUUCUUUACCUUCGCGGCCCUGCUCACUCUCGAGCUGACUCUGAUCACCCAACCGGGGGCCUUCUUCAUCCCAUCGACUUACAUCCCGCCUGGUCUGCGCGAUCUCCUCGGCAUCUCCGCCGAGAACCCCAGCUUCUACCUGCUCCCGUUCCAGAUCCUAACCCUCGCGCAACGCGCCUCGGUCACGCUACACAUCUUCAUCUCGCAGGUCACGCCUCCGGAAGUGAGCCAGAAACCCUCCGGUCCCAGUGAUCGUCUCCACCCGCAGACGAUGCAGCGGCUCGCGCAACUCCUGCAACUGUCGCGCACGACGGACGGCGAAGCCACGCGGCUCUUGCAGUUGGGGUUUGCGCCGUUCCGUGGCGAUCGCGAGGGUGUGGCGACGCUGCGGAAGGGCAUGAAAGAGGGGUUGGUGUUGAGUAGUGUCAGGGCUAGUCCUGGGGUUCAGGCGGCUGUUGGGGAGGUUGUUGAGCGGAAGAUGAGGGAGAAGAAGGGUGAGUAG